AUGAGCUGCAGCAGUCUGGCAAGGUUAGAGGAAUUCUCAGAGGAGGAGCUGGAGCUGAGCAUGCUGGGUCAGGGGGAGGAUGUUGAGGCGAGCGACGGCAGCCCCAAGGGCCCCAGCGAGGGCUCGGCCAGCAGCCCCCCCAGCGAUGACACUGAGGGGGACCAGUCCAAGAAGCGUAGCCGCCCGGUCCGCUCCAAGGCCCGCCGUGUGGCCGCCAACGUACGUGAACGCAAACGCAUCCUGGACUACAACCAGGCCUUCAACGCUCUGCGUGUGGCACUCAACCACAACCUCAGCGGCAAGCGGCUCUCCAAGAUUUCCACCCUGCAGAGGGCCAUCAACCGCAUCUCAGCCCUGUCUGUCUUCCUCAGCUCCAACCCCCCCAGUAAGCCUUGCUCCCACCGGGAGUGCCACAGGCCAGCUGGGAGGGUGACAGUUGCUCAUCGCCUGGAGUCCCAGAACUACGUCUCCUGUAACCACGCAUCACUCCCCCAUCAGAUCCAGCCCCAGCAGGGAACCCACCCUCAACCUCACAGGCUGCCAACAGAGACACACCUCUACAUUGACAGCUUGGGCUCCUCAUGCCCCCCCUCGCCACACUACCCCUGCUAUCCUGCCAAGGGCCAGUUGUACCCCUCACGCGGACACUGUGUGACAGGGAACCCCUUGGAGCAGCCGCCAAGCCCUAUUAGGUACACACAGGUGGGCGAAGGGCUGGGGUACCAGACGAGGGGGUGGGCCUCCUGCGCCCAGGGCUACAUUGAUGCCUUUAUGGAGUCGUCUCCAGCCCUGGGCCUCCCCUGGCAGGUGAGCCACAUCCAGGAGACAGCAGGCCCCCAGCACAGCCUGCCCCUGCUCUGA